CGAAAUGCCUCUAUUUAGAGCCUUCAAACAAACAAACAAGUAAAGACACGCCCCCCACAACGAGGAAAUCGAACGCGAAGCGAGAGAAAUGGAAACCCUCCACGAGACCUCCUCCUCUCUCUUAUUCCCACCUCCCACCCAAAUCCCAAUCCCUUCUUAUUUUCCUUAUCCCCAAGAUCUGUUCACGGCCACCGAGCUGGCGGCGGCGGAGCACCUCGUCCAACUCAGCGAGAGCAGCAGCAGCGUCGUCCCAUGGAAGACCCUCUCCUCCUCGUCCUUCUCGUCGUCCUCUUCUUCUCCUCGAUCCGUUAACACGACGCGGCCGGCGCUGGCGGCGAUGGUGGCGGAGGCCGACGACGACGACGACGAGGGCGAGAUUGGUGGAGCCUCGCGGCGGAGGAGGCCGCGUUAUCGUUUGAUCGACGAUCUCUAUGCGGCCACGGCCCCGAUCGACGGCGGCAGCGGCGGCCGUGAGAAGAAGAGGCGGAAUGGAGAGCAGCGUCGGGAGAAGAGGAGGAACGGUGCGGGGUUACGAAUGUAGAAGGUAGUCUGAAAUGGGUUCUUGAUGUAAAUUUUUCUAAUUUCGUCGUGUGGGUGAGUUGACGGCGUCUUCUCAUCCCCCAGUAACUUCUAGGAGAAACAUUACCGGUGCGUGUUACUACUUACCAAACUCUGCUUUUGAACGUGCACGCAUAUAAUUAUAUAUAUGGACGUGGCAUGCAUGCAUAGACAAGGAGUAUUGCAGGGAGUUUUUUUGCAAAUUUCCAAUUAAAAAAAAAAUAUAAAAAAGAAGGUUUCGUAAUAUUAAAUCUUCUGGAUAAAUGAAGUUCCACUUAGGCAAAAAUGAAAAAUAUUUGGAUUGGGCAUUCCGAGCAUUCAAACUUAUAGAUAAUAUCUUUGUUUAUUUGGUACUGUUUAUGUACAAGCUUAACAGCUUUUUUAUUGAUAAUGUGAUGAUCUGAUACCAAGUUUCAGUAUUCAUGCA